ACGCCGCCUGGCCCUGGGAAAGGCGCUGACGAACUUUCGUUCCCUCCUCCCAGGAAACAUCCAUGGUUACAGCCAGGGCUUAAAAGCCCCCCCCACCCCAUAAAAUCCUUGCAGUUCUCUCCCAGAUUCAAGAAAUUGAAGCAACGAUUCAUCUUAACUCCGCUACUCCAAAAUGUGCACUAUUGAGAAACGCGGCAGAGUGUUCGUCCUCACUCUCACCGGCGAAGGCGAGCACCGCCUUUCCCCCGACGUCAUUGAUGCGAUACGAUCCGCCCUUGCCUACGCCAAGACAGAUUACUACUCGUGCGGCAGGCGAGGCCGAGCCUUGGUCGUCACCGCCCAAGGACGCUUCUUCUCCAAUGGCUUCGACAUUGCCUGGUCCAAAGCAGCAUCCUCCCCUGCUGCCUUCCAGGCACGGGUCAUCUCCAUGGGCUCCCUUUUUAUAAAGCUCAUCGCCGACCUUCUCGCUCUUCCUAUGCCGACCAUAGCCGCCGUCAACGGUCACUCGUCAGCCGCCGGCUUCAUCCUGGCUAUCAGCCACGAUUACGUGGAGAUGAGGGCAGACAGGGGAUUCAUUUACAUGAGCGAGAUCGAUUUAGGGAUGCCACUUCCGCCUUACUUCCUAACAUUGAUCAGGUCCAAAGUUUCUGAUGCGAAGGUUGUCCGCGACCUAGUGUUGCGAGGAGCGAAGCUGAAGGCUGCGGAAGCGCAGGCGAAGGGCAUCAUAGACGGAUCACAUAUCGGAGCAGCGGAGACGGUGGAGGCUGCGGUGCGGCGUGUGGAUGAGCUCUUAGAAAGGGAUUGGAAUGGAGAUGUAUAUGCUUCGAUUCGCCGGAGUUCUUUGCCGGAGAUUUGCAAGGCGGUGGGGCUCUCUGAGGAGACUGAAGAGGAGCGGCAGAAGUUGCUUUUUGCGGUUGCUAAGCUCUAACGGAACUUUCCUCAUAAACAUAGAUAAAUUAUGGAGGGAAAUAUAAAUAAUAAAUUAUAAUAAUUUUUCAUGUAUUUAGCUGCUCAAUAAAUAGUUAUAUAUUUAUCCAUGUCUCUUUUGAUCAAGCAUACAUGUCUUUCUAACUUUACCGAGCUAUGG